AUGUCGGGCGGCGGGCCCAGCAGAAUCCGCCAACGGAGACCUCCCACAGAGCCAUCCCGCGGCCACACCCCAGACAUUGACGAAGAUGAGCAGCUUGACAUCCAGAACCCGAGAAACCGUAGCACCGUCGAGAUUAUCUUCGAGCACGAGCAGAUAAACCUGGUCAUGAUCGCGCUCCUCACGACAAUUGCCUUCGGUCUCCGCUUCUACAAAAUCAACUACCCGGACGAGGUUGUCUUCGACGAAGUCCACUUUGGCAAGUUUGCGUCCUACUACAUUACGCACUCCUACUACUUCGACGUCCACCCUCCCUUCGCGAAGCUCCUCUUCGGACUUGCCGGUUGGUUUGUUGGAUACGAUGGUUCCUUUGGCUUCGAGAAUAUCGGGGACAGCUACACGGAGGCUCACGUCCCCUACGUUGGCAUGCGCGCCCUCCCCGCAAUCUUCGGCAGUAUGACGGUCCCCAUUGUCUACAGCAUCAUGAAGGAGUGUGGAUACUCGACCAUCAUCGCCACUUUCUCAGCCUGCAUUGUACUCUUCGACAGUGCGCAUAUCGCACAGGACCGCCUGAUCCUCCUGGAUGCCACUCUCAUCUUCUUCAUGACUCUUACCAUGUACUGCUAUAUCCGCUGGCAGAAGCUGCGUUACCGUGACUUCUCCUUCGACUGGUGGUGCUGGAUGCUUGCCUGUGGAACCUUCAUGGCUUUCACUUGGGCGUCCAAGGUCAACGGGAUUCUCACAGUUGUUGCGGUGGGCAUUGCGGUUAUCAUUGACCUCUGGGAUAUCUUGGACAUCAAGAAGGAGCAUAGCAUGGAAUACUUCUGGAGGCACUUCGCGGCUCGCUCCAUUGCGUUCAUUCUCGUCCCUCUGAUCAUCUACCUGUCUACUUUCUGGAUUCAUCUGGCCCUCCUGACAAACACCGGUACUGGAGAUACUUUCAUGAGCCCUGCCUUCCAGGAGACCCUCCGUGGCAACGAGCUGCUGCUUAACAGUCAAGAGCUUCGCUACUUCGAUACUAUCACUAUGAGGCACAAAGACACUCGAGUCUUCCUGCACUCUCACCCUGACAAAUACCCUCUGAAGUACGACGAUGGUCGUAUCAGUAGUCAAGGCCAGCAAGUCACCGGUUACGGUCACGACGAUUCCAACAACAACUGGCAGAUUAUUCCCACCAAGGCUUUGCCCGAAACUGGUCGAGGCCGUAUCGUUCAUCACGACGAUAUCAUUCAACUUCUGCACGUCAACACCGAUACGGUUUUGCUCACUCACGAUGUCGCAUCCCCUCUCAUGCCAACGAAUGAAGAGUUCACUACUCACGCUAAGGACGACUACUCGCGCUACAACGACACCCUUUUCCAGGUUCGCUUGGUCGACGGAGCUGAAGGCGACACGUGGAAGAGCAAGUCUGGCCACUUCCGCCUCAUCCAUGUCUCCACCAAGGUCGCAAUGUGGACGCACCCCAAGCAGCUCCCCGAUUGGGCGUACAAACAACAGGAGAUCAACGGCAACAAGAAUCUCAAUGACAAGACGGCUAUCUGGUUCGUCGACGGCAUUGUCGCAGACGAAACCGGCGAGGAUAUGAAGGGUCGCACCGACGACGUACCGGCGAAGAACCCCAAGUCGAUGAGCUUCAUCAAAAAAUUCGUUGAAUUGCAGAUCCUCAUGUUGCAACACAACGCUGGCCUUACAGCGUCCCACCCCUACGCCAGUGGUCCUAUCAACUGGCCAUUCCUCAUUAGCGGUAUCAGUUUCUGGACCAAAUCUGAGGGCCAGAAGCAGAUUUACUUCGUUGGCAACCUCGUUGGUUGGUGGUCGUGUGUCAUCGGCCUUUCCCUCUACACCGGGAUUAUGCUUGCAGACAUGAUCGCUCGUCGUCGCGAUAUUCAACCUCUGUCGGAUCCUGUGCGCCAUCGUCUCAUCAACUCGACGGGUUUCUUCGUCCUCUUCUGGGGCGUUCACUACUUCCCCUUCUUCCUGAUGAGCCGUCAGCUCUUCCUGCACCACUACCUCCCCUCGCACGUCAUGUCAGCCCUCGUCGCCGGCUCCGUGCUUUCGUUCGCGCUCUCCGAGACCGUGAACUAUCCCAUCUCCAUCUGGGGACCCCGCCUGCGCACGCCCAAGGCUCGCACCUACGCAGAUGUCGGCACCCGCGGCCCUAUUGUCGUCGGGCUGUUCACGGUCAUUCUGUUCAUUAUGUUCAUCUACAUGGCGCCGUUGACAUACGGCACACCAGGGUUGGACGGACAAUCCGUCAACGCCCACCGUCUGCUCUCGAGCUGGACGCUCCACUUCGCCGCGAAGGCCACCGACACCGCGUAA